UUAACAUUGAGACAUCAAAUUAUAGUAAAUAUAAUAUAAGUGUCGGACAUAGCAUAUAUCAUAGAAUAAUGUCAUCAUUUCAUCCAAUAAAUCCUAAACCAUUCUUGAAAACCUUAAUAGAUAAACCAGUAAUAGUAAGAUUGAAAUGGAACAAGACAGAAUAUAGGGGAAGACUAUUGUCAGUGGAUAAUUAUAUGAACUUACAAUUGGAUAAGACUUACGAAAUAUUACAUGAAGAUGGAGAAAGAAAAGAGGAGUUGAUUGGAGAAAUAUUUAUUAGAUGCAACAAUGUAUUGUUUAUCCGUGAAGAUGUGAAGAAGCAUGAUUCUCACAACGGCAAUGGUACUAGCGAAAAGGUGCCUAAACAGGAAGAUCAGCUACAGGAUGAGGAACAAGAACAAGAACAAGAACAAGAAGAAGAUCAAAAAGAAGAAGAAGACAAGUCUAAUGAAAAUGAAGACAUGAAAGAGUGAGCUCCAGAGCAUAUACUGCACAAUAUACACUGUAUUAUAUAUAUUACACCAUCUACAUAGUCACUAUAGUUUAUAUAUGUAACAAUGAAUGUAAUCUCAAC